AUGCCUACUCCCGAGUCCGAGGCUUUCCUGGCCAAGAAGCCCAAGGUCCCGCCCACCUUUGACGGCGUUGACUACGACGACAACAAGGCAUUCAAGGCCGCCCAGGACUCCAUUAUCCGCGAGCAAUGGGUGCAGGUCAUGAUGGGACGUCUAGUCAGAGAGGAGCUCAGCAAAUGCUACUACCGGGAAGGAGUCAAUCACCUGGAGAAGUGCGGCAAGUUAAGAGAGAGAUACCUGUCGAUGUUGGAGAAGAACCGCGUGCGCGGAACUCUGUUUGAGCAACAAAACUACAUAGAUCCAUCGCAGCUGGCCACGCCGGCAAAGAAAUAA